UGGGGCCCCCGGGCAAUAGGGGAUCAUGGGGCCCCUGUGUCCUUGCCCAAACUAAAAAAAGCCUAUGAAAAAGGUACCAGGGGCAUCUCAUGGGGCCUCCUACUGACCCCGAGCCCUCGAGCACCAUUGAGAAAUACUGUGAGCUGUGAUUGGUCACAGCUUGUCACAUGGUACAAGCAGGGGCGGACUGACAACUCAUGGGGCCCCCGGGCAAUAGGGGAUCAUGGGGCCCCUGUGGCCUUGCCCAAACUCAAAAAAGCCUAUGAAAAAGGUACCAGGGGCAUCUCAUGGGGCCCCCCACUGACCCCGGGCCCUCGGGCAGUGCCCAAGUUUCCAAAUGGUCAGUCCGCCCCU